UGACAAGCUAUUUUGAGAAGUUUUUGAAUACAUGUAGUGUAGGGAUUGCUCGCAUAUUUUACGACCACCAAGUAGGCAAUGCCUUGGUUAGAAAUAGAGCACUAGAUAAGGAUGGAAAAUCUAUUGAUGUAGUAGUGACUCUUCAUUAACUGAGAUGGUUAAGACUUGUAAUACAUGUGCUCAACCAUUACCUAUCUUGACAGGCGAUAUUGUCUAGUGUAGAAGCAGAAUGGAAGAGAGCUAAGGGCCACAGAACCAAAAUAUCACAUCAGUUUAUGAAGUCAGUGACAAUUGAAUUGAGCUAUGUCAACAAGUAUACACCACUUGGUUGGGUUCCAUAUGAUUAUCAAAACCCGUGAUUGGAGACUUUGAAUAACAUAACUCAAACGUAUUUGCGGUGGCGCAGGUCCUGGGUUCGAAUUCCCACGGGUGGGUUCGUGGAUACGCACUUACGAGGAUUCUCAUACUAGAACCAAACGAUCUUCAAGUACUUCCAAAAUUCUAAUGUUCAAGUAUCGAUAGAAAAAAACAAACAAUCAUGAAAAACAUCAAAACAGAACCUCCAAUUCAAUUAAAUGAAAAAAAUUCCUACAUGGACAAUUGUUUAUUACCAUCAUCUUCAACACCACCAUCAUCCUCAACACCACCAUCACCAUCAUCAACAUCAACAUCAGUAUCACCAUCAUCACCAUCACCAUUCAUUAACUCUAUAAACAAUAAUAAUCAUUCUGAUUAUUCUAUUCAUAAACAAUCGAAUAGUUAUUCCCCGUUGAAUUCAAGAUUUUAUUGGUGUAAUAAAUUACAUAAUAAUCAACCAAUCAUAAACAAUUUCCAUUUACAAUCCCUUAGUAACAAUAAUAAUAAUGAAUAUACUAAUAUGGAUAUAAAAAAUGGUGUAUGUUCAGAUGUGGAAGAUUUAUUAAAUCAACAUGAAAGACGAUUAAUGUCCAUUUCAGGAACUGAAAACGAUAAGAAAACCAAUGAAUUAACACGAUUCAACUCAGCUUCAGAUACAGAAGAAUUUCUUUCUAAUGACUAUAGAAUUCAAGCAUCGAUAAGAGCUAUGAAUUAUGGUUACAUGGGAUGUGAUCCAAUUCAACCUUCACCAUAUAAUUGGUUACGUAAAGUGAAUAACAAUGAAACUGUUGGAGAUGGAUUGCAUAAUCGUUAUUUUAUUCCACCAAGAUUAUGUAAUCUAGAUUCUAGUAUAAAUCAGUCGGGUAUAUCACAACAACAAAGUUUACUGACAAGAGCAAGACGACGACAAAUUGACGGUAGAUCAUUAUCAUCGUCUAUCGCAAAGCAUGAUGAUGCUGAAAGAAUUUAUGGAAUUGUUCCAUUAUCACCAUCUUAUUUAUAUAAUCAAUUUAUGCCAUCUACUGGUUUAAUGAUUAAAGGAAUGAUGAGUAAUAGCAGUAGCAGUGGUAAUCGGACUAAUCAAGAUAAUGAGAUAAAUUUACCAGGAACUAUAAGUGCACCACCUGGAACACCAAUUAAAUUACCAUAUGCUGCUCCAGCCAGUCUAAUUGGUACAACAUCUGGCUUUAGUUGCCCAGAAUCUGGUUCACAAAUAAUCAGUGGAUUAGGAGUGAAUGGUUCAAGGCUAUCGCUUACUUCAAAUGGAUCUUGUGUAUCUACGGUAGAGGAAAAACAAGCUGAAGAAAUACAAAAACUUAAACGUAAACUUGAACAAGCUGAGAAAAAAGUUAGUGAAUUAACAACACAAUUAACAACGAAUGCUCAUGUUGUCUCAGCUUUUGAACAAAGUUUAAACAAUAUGUCACAACGACUACAGAAUUUAUCAAAUACCACAACAAGGAAAGAUUCAGAACUACAUGAAUUAAGAGCAACAAUUGAUGCAUUACGUAGUCAAACAGAAUUAGGACUAUUAAAAAAACCACCAAUUAAUCGACCUUGUGAAUUGAAUAGAUCAUUUACUAAUGAUACAUUGAAACAACAAGAAAACUCAUGCAUUUCUACUACUACUACUACUUCUAAUUCUACCACUACUAUUAUUACUACUAAUACUACUUCCAAUACUGGUAGUGAGAAUGAACAAGCACAUAUUAAUUCACGUUUAACAUUUUCAAAUGCAAGUCUUACUGAUGUAGAUAGCCAACAAUUACAAAUGGAUAAUUCAAUUGAUAAAGUAUCAUCUACCACAUCCGGUUGUAAAUCUUCAGGAACUAAUGUGAAGAAAAAUGGAUGGUUUCGUAAUUCACUUGGUAAAGCAUUCCGUAAAAAGACCACAUCAUCAUCAACACUAUCAAUACAUUCACAAAGUGAUAUAGAUUGUCCUACAUCAUCAAUACAACACAACUCUAUCUAUCAUAGUAACAAUAACAAUAAUAGUCUUCCUCCUGGACAUCCAUCCAACUUACCACAAAGUCCGACUAUGGAUCAUAAAGGAUUACAUAAUACUAUUAUAAAUCAAUCUAAUAUGAAUUCUAUACAAUCUAAUAGUCAUAUGAAUGCUUUGUCUGUCUUAUCCAAUACACAUUUGAAUGGUUUAUCUCCAUCGAAUUCAUCAACAUUAUCAUCGUCAUCAUCAUCAUGGAGUACAUUAGGAAUAAGUGGAAAUGGUCAAAAUAAUUGUAAUAUCAUUACAGCUACUACUACUACUAUUACUACUACCAAUAGUAGUAGUAGUACUAUUGUACCAUAUACAAAUGAACAAAUUAAUCGUUUGAACAACACACGAAUACAGCAACAACAACAACAACAACAGGACCAUCGACCAAUCCAUUCAAAUCAACUUAGUUGCCCAAAUUACUUAGUUAACUAUAAUGAUUCAGAUAAACAAAAUAAAUUAUUCAAUGUUGACGGAGGUGAUAGAAAUAUUCUGGACAGGAAUGAUAGUAAAUUAGAGUAUGUUUAUAUUUCUCAAUGUUAUUUAAUAUCAAGUUAUGGUUUUAUUUGAAAAUCUGUACUUUGAUUUAAAGGUUAAGUACUCAUGAAGAGAUCUGGAAUGUCCCGGGUUCGAUUUCCUAUAGGGUUGGGAAUGUGUCGUACUGAUAAGUUUUAUGAUUGUAACAUUGUUAUAUGCUUCUUUUAGAUUGUCUCAGAUAUUAGGUGUUGAGAUAAUAUCAGAAUAAAAGACAAUUUCAAGUAUUUCAAUGAUCUCUACAACUCCAUACUGAAAAUGAUCGUGUGCUUACUAGUGAUGACUAGCUUCCAAAGUGAAUUUCUAGAAUUCUAGUGAGAAACCAUGACAAGUGUAGUUCAACCGUGUCGGGCGUGUGUAAUUUACUAAGCAAAAACAAACGAAGUUGGUCGUGAAAUGUUUAAGAUUGAUUGAAAUUAGAUAUUAACACUGUUAGGUGCCGACCCUGUGGUCUAGAGGUUUGACGUUAGAAUGAAGAUCCUAGGUCCGAUUCCUGUGUGUGGGUUGUGGAUACAUUCUGUUGAAGAAGCGGCCGUCUAGUGCUACCAAGUUUUCAAUAAUUGUCUAUCUUAUAUCGUUCAUGAUUUCAACUAUCUCUACAACAUCAUAUUGACAACUUAAAAGUAGUUUUUCUUAUUUUUAUGCUAUUAUCGUAUGUGAAAUUCAACAUUAUGUAGUAGAGAGCCUGUGGAGCGCUAGGUUGAUGUGAUUUGAAAGCUAAGUAGUCCAGAAUGAAAUUUCAAACAGAGAAGAGAUAUUGACUGUUAUCAUAUUUUGUUUCCGAGAAUUAUCACAUUCCUAAGACA